AUGUCCAGCUUGACCGGCGUCACUGCUGCCACUGCCGCACCACCGGUUGAAAACUGGGGUGCGCUCAGGUGGACCACCCGUCAGCGGCAACAGAAACCGGCGGAGGCCAAGAAGGAGGAGAAGACCGGUGACGAGAAUGGCGCCGGCGUCGACGGGGAUACGGAAACCGUGCUACAGCUUGUUUCCUUGCCCAAGCCCCAGCAUCACAGCAGCGGAACGCCUGCAAGUGCGGUGGAGAAGCCCAUUGUUCAGGUUCCUGUUUUUUCCAUCGCAAGUGCCUCGGCAACGACUAAGAACGAUCUCUCACUCUCCCUGCGUCCACAGUCUUCUGUGACCACGACGCAGAGCGCUGGUGGGGGCGUGGCCGUGGAGUUGACCUCCAUUCGUUUUGCGAUUCCCAACGUAUGCGUCGGCCACGAGCAGACGGAAGAGGCAGGGCGUGAGGUGCUUGCCGAGACGCAGGAAGAGAUUAAAAAGUAUCAAGCUUCUCUCCUCGGCGCCGUUGGUGGUGCCGCCAAUGCGGGGGCGGAUAACCAGUUGCUUGUGAUGAUGCCUGGGGGACCGCGCAAGGACGAGCGUAUUGUCGCGGUGCUCGACGACCUCACCCUUUCGUACCCCGCUGGACGCUACAAGCUGGUUCUGUCGAACUACUCCUUGAUGCUGGAGGACAAGAAGCGUGGGGCGUCUGGGAGUGGGGGCGCCGCAGUCUCUGUGCCGCUUAGCGAUAUUGUGCAGUUGUACCUGUGCGACAUUCCCGACAGCGGUGCUGGGGAGCAGGAGAAUGAGGAGCUUGCGCAGUAUGUCGUCGUGAUUCUGCGCAAUCCGUUGAAGGUGCGCACCACGACGUACAACCACCUUGUUAUUUCCUGCCCUGCAGGGUUUGUCCUUGGCGAGGAGCACCCGUGGCGGUGCCAGCUGGAGACGCAGGAGGAGAUUGACGGCUUCCUCGCCGCCCUGCCCCACAACCAAGGCAACGCCGCAAACGCGUCAGCGACAGCAGCAAAUGGCGAGACGGGUGGUAAGGCGAUCAAGAAUACUUUUGCGCCAGUGAUGUCGGGGCGUGUCAGUGAAAUCCUCAUCCGGAUUUUGAAGUCGUUAACAGGCGUAACUGCGCUUGGUGGCUUUAACAAGGAGUACCAAACGAGCAAGGGGCACGCGGUGCUGCGCUGCCUACACCACGGUGCCCACGGGCUUCUCUUCGUCCUGCAGUCGGCCCUCCUGUUCCUGCAUCGUCCCGUGACGCGCGCCCUGUUCAGUGAAGUCACACACGUGGAGGUGGAUGAGUCGGAGGGCGGCAGCACGACGUUCCAGAUGGUGGUUUACGGCAAAUUCGGCAGGCGUGCCAGCGCCGCGGGGGAGAACAAACUCGUUUUCUCCGCCCUCGACAAGCAUGAAAAGGCGGCUCUCCUCUCGUACCUUGCCAAGAAGGUGACGGUGCGGCGCAUCGGCCUCGCGGUCGACGACGAGGAGGAGGAAAGCGACGAUGAGGAAGGGAGCGACGAGGAGGAAGCGAGCGACGAUGACGAUGACGAUGACGACGAAGACGACGACGAGGAGGACGGCGAUAGCGAAUACGAAGCGAGGCGGCAUAAACGUUCCCGCCAAAAGAAGGAGAAGCCGAAGAAGGAAAAGAAGGAGAAACACCACCACCACCACCACAGUCACCACCACAAGAAGCACAAAAAGCACAAGAAGGAGGGAGCGUGA